AAAUAUAUUCGAGGAAUAUGCAAACCUAGAUUUAUAAGUCUCAUGCACGGUCUGAUUCCAGUACUACAAACACUCAUUACCCAAAUAGAUCACUUAACCUCUUUCCCUCAUCAUGGCCAUAACACUCGAACUCAUUAUUCUUUUUCUCGUAUCAUUUUUCCCAAUCCCUUCGCUCUCCAUUUCAGACGCCUUCGUUUACGGUGGCUGCUCCGCAUUAAAAUACGUGCCAAACUCCCCGUACGAGUCCAACCUCAACUCCCUGCUCACCUCACUCGUCAACUCAGCCACCUAUUCGGCCUACAACAAGUUCACCAUCACCGGGUCUAGCCCAAACGACGUCGUCUACGGCCUCUUCCAGUGUCGCGGGGACUUAGCCAUGCCUGACUGCGCCACCUGCGUGGCCCGAUCAGUCAGUCAAAUCGGCUCCAUGUGUCGACAAACUGCUGGUGCUGCUAUACAGCUAGAAGGAUGCUUUGUCAAAUAUGACAAUACCAGCUUCAUUGGUGUGGAGGAUAAGACCGUUGUUCUACAUAAAUGUGCGCCGUCUAUCGGAUACGAUACGGAUUUGAUGAACCGUCGGGAUGCUGUGUUGAGGAGUUUGGGAGGUUCUGGGGGACCUUUCAGGGUUGGCGGGUCUGAAGAUGUUCAAGGUAUGGCUCAGUGUGUAGAGGACUUGAGUGCCGGGGAGUGUCAAGAUUGUUUAAAAGAGGCCAUCGGACGGCUCAAAAGUGAUUGUGGAGGUGCUGUUUAUGGUGAUAUGUUCUUGGCCAAGUGUUAUGCUAGAUUUUCAACUAGUGGUGCUCAUGCUUAUGCCAAAUCAAACCAUGGUAAUUCUCACAGUGAUGGUGAGAAAACAUUUGCAAUUAUCAUUGGAUUAUUAGCUGGGGUGGCCCUCGUUAUCAUUUUCUUAACGUUCUUGAAGAAAGUAUUUGGAGGACACGGUAAAUAAGAUGCCAGCAAAGUGAAUAUGCAAAGAAUAUCUACGUACCUUUUCUUAACAUUAGAGUUUACUUUGUAUUCAAUUAUCAUAUCUGCUUUAGUUUCUCUUUGUUAAGCAAAACUUUAUUUUUGUAUGAGAAAGUAAAAGAUAACGUGACGAAAAACACAGAAGAAAAGCUACUAAGAUUCCCACUGAAUCAAAAGUGGUACAUUUUGUUUUGUCAUUUAUCUAAUUUUCCUGUAAUCCCUCUUUGUGAUUGUGUAGUUCUUUUCUUUCAGUUGAAUACAUCAUGUAUUACAUUUUUUGA